AUGAAUUCUGUACGCGCCAUACAACAGCUCAACAAGCGCGAACUCGAGGCCGGUGUCGGAACAGAAGGCUCGUGGCACACCGACUACCGCGACACAGCCUUCAUCAACAUUGGCGGCCUGCCAUUCGAGCUCUCCGAGGGUGACAUCAUAACCAUAUUCUCACAGUAUGGUGAGCCAGUAUGGGUCAAGCUGGCACGUGACAAGGAGACUGGAAAGUCACGGGGCUUUGCGUGGAUCAAAUACGAAGACCAGAGAAGCUGUGACUUGGCAGUAGACAACCUGGGCGGGUCGACCAUUAUGGACCGAGUGAUACGCGUAGACCAUGCGCGCUACAAGCCCAUGGAUGGCGAGGACAUGCGGGACAAUACCAUGGGCGAACCUGUUGACGAUGAUGACCAAGGCUCAGACGACGGCAGGCGCAAGAGGCGGAAGACAGACAGCGAGAGUGACUCGGACGAAGAUAGACCACUUUUGCCAGAGGAGAUUGAAUUGGACAAGCUGAUGGACAAGCUGGACGAAGACGAUCCGAUGCGCGACUCCAUGAUCAAGCGCCAACAAGAGAAGGUCGACGAGGCGCUGAAGAAGUUGAAGAAGGCUAAGCGGAAAGAGAAGGAGCGAGCCAAGAGGCGGGAGAAGCAUCACCACAAGGACGGAUCCAGAGACCGACAUCGCGAGAAAGAGAGAAGGAAGAUCAAAGACGACGAAGAAGAUGGCGGACACGUGACCGAGAAAGUCGCGACAGGGACUCGGACGAUGACCGUCGACAGCGAAAGUCAAGGCAUCGCGAUGAGUCUGAUAGUAGAGACCAUGAGAAACGUCGUGAUCGCAGUCGCGAGCGUCACCGUGUUCACAGCGACAAGAAGCAAAGAAGUCGACGUCCUUCAGUCUCCGACGAUGAUCGCGGGGAUCGCUCGCGUUCGAAGCGCUCUCCUCUACCAUAUCGAGCGCGCUCACCUCGUGGAGAUCGCGACCAUGCACGCGAUUGAUCAUCACUCGCCCUGUACGAAUGACUAUCCAGCAUUUUUAUGCGUGAAACACAUCAUUAAGAUACCCAUCGUCAGCAGUAUUCCAGUCAGCAUAUUCCGAGAACCAUGGAAGUCAAAAUUCAUCACCUCGACUUGA